AUGAAGUUAUUGACAACGAACUUUGUUCAGUGUGCCGUGAAAUCGUGCAACGGAUCCGAGAAAUCAUACCCACUCAAGUAUGAGGAUUGCCAGCUUCAACUUGAAGAGCAAGAGUUCAAACCAGCGUUUAUUAUUGCAAUGCUACAACGAAUCAACUGGCAGGCACUUGUAAAAGUGGCGGCAGACUUGGGAAACAGCAAUCUUCCUGCCGAAAAGCCGGCUGAUGUGGAAAAUAACGAAGCACUACUUAAGGAAUUGCACACAUUACUGAUAGAAACGCAGAUAACCGAGGGGAAAAUGGUGUGCGAGAACUGUGGACACAUAUAUUACAUCAAAGACUCCAUUCCGGACUUCCUCCUUCCUCCUCACCUCGCAAACUGA